AUGCAGCCCAACAAUAACAGCGAGCUCCAAGACAUCGCCGUCGCAGACCCGUCGUCGUCCGCGCCCUCGUCUGCUAGCGCUGGGCUCUCUUCCUGGCCUGAGCUCAAACAGCUCAACGCUGCUGUGACCAUCACACCACUGGACAGCGACGCUCAGCUGCGCAAUCGCAAGCGCCAGCGACCGUCGGCUCCAUCGUCUCCAUCCGCGUCCUUCUCCACUCCGGGGGACUUAAAGCUCGACUUCGCCGGCUUCGAGGUCGGCAACAACGCCCCCUACCCGCCUGCCGUCUCCACGGACGACGUACUUACCUUCCUCAAGAACCUGCAACUCGCGCAGGACCAGGCGGCGUUGGCGCUGGCCACGCAGCGACUCGCUCAGGACGGAUUCGACUCGGUGCUAGCCUUAGCUUUCGCGGUCGUGAGUGAACUGCAGCACGCCGGUAUCGCUGACGCCCAGCUCGUGUGGCAACAGGCGCACCGUGACUUCCAAGCCCGGCGGUUCCAGGUCCCCGGCGUGUUGUCUCCCAACUACACGGUAUCGCGAUGGAUGGAGCUUUGCGGGAUCCCGAAGGUCAACAUCUUCGAGUACACUGAGUACCUGUGCCGUCUGGGCUACUCGGCGGUGCGGGAUCUCGAUACGGCACCCACGGCCCCGACGUGUACACUGCCGGAUCGUCGAGCGCACUGCUUCAACCGCUGGACAUCCAGCGCGAGAACGAGUUCGACGUGCAGGCCUACGACAGCUUCUUGGAGGCGCUGA